AGGUGAGAUGCUACAGUGUUGCACUAUUGGGGUCAACUGAAGUGCAAACGUUCGUUCAAAAAAUAUACCAAAUUUCUCUGCUGAUUUACAAGUGUCCCUGUUCUACCACUCCUUGACCCAGUACGGUAGUAGUAUGUCUCGGGAACAGCUGGUGGUGGAGAGGGCAAGGAGGGCCUUCCAGACCGGUAUGUCGAAACCCCUGAAGUUCAGAGUUCACCAGCUUAAGAACCUGCACCGUUUCAUCACAGAGAGACGCAAGGACAUUGCAGACGCUGUCAAUAAGGACCUUAACAAGACUGAACACAGCACAGAGUUGUUUGAGACCCUGGGUCUGGAAGGGGAGAUCGACGUGGCUGUGGAGAGGCUAGCAGAAUGGGCUGCCCCUCGACCUGUAGAGAAGAGCCUCCUCACCAUCUUAGACGAGGUAUACAUCCAGCCAGAGCCUCUGGGAGUGGUCCUCAUCAUCGGGGCCUGGAACUAUCCCUGGGCAGUGACCCUCCAGCCCCUGGUCGCGGCUAUUGCUGCAGGUAAUGCUGCUGUGGUUAAGCCGUCAGAGGUCAGCUCUCAUUCAGCCAAGGUCAUGGAGGAACUGCUCCCACUCUACCUGGACAAGGAGCUGUACCCUGUAGUGUGUGGGGGUGUCUCAGAGACCCAGGAGUUGCUGCGUCAGCGUUUCGACCACAUCUUCUACACAGGGAACAGCACUGUGGGUAAACUGGUGAUGGAGGCCGCAGCCCGACACCUCACCCCUGUGACCCUGGAGCUGGGGGGGAAGAGCCCCUGUUACAUCGAUAAGGACGUCGACCUCAGAGUUGCAUGCCGGCGUAUCACCUGGGGCAAGUUUGUGAACUGUGGUCAGACGUGCAUUGCCCCAGACUACAUCCUGUGUGAACCCAGCAUCCAGGACAGAGUGGUGGAGGAGAUCAGGAAAUGCAUCACGGAGUUUUAUACGGACGACCCAAAGUCCUUCGAGGACUAUGGACGCAUCAUUAACCAGCGCCACUUCCAGAGGGUGAUGUCACUGCUCGAGGGGAGUACAGUGGCCAUCGGAGGAGACAGCGACCAGUCACAAUGCUAUAUAGCCCCCACGGUGCUGAAGGACGUGACAGGGGGCUCCAAGGUGAUGCAAGAGGAGAUCUUUGGUCCCCUGCUCCCCAUUGUCACUGUUAGUGGAGUGGACGAGGCUAUACAGUUCAUCAAUGAGAGAGAGAAGCCUCUGGCCCUCUACGUGUUCUCUCCUGACAACAAGUUGAUCAGGAGGGUGAUAGCAGAGACUUCUAGUGGGGCCCUAGUGGCCAAUGACUGUCUGGUCCACUUCACUGUCAGUGCUCUCCCCUUCGGAGGGGUGGGUAACAGUGGUAUGGGACGCUACCACAGCCAGCACGGCUUUGACCAGCUCAGCCACCUGCGUGCCUGUCUCAUUAAGAAGCUCAACCUGGAGGACGCCAACGCCAUGCGUUACCCGCCGCACACGGCGAAGAAGCUGGGCUGGGCACGCUUCUUCCUCCUGAAGCGGGUCAACCUGCGCCAGCUCAGACGCAUGGCGCUACUGGCCCUGUUCUCUGCCAUGGCUGCCUUCAUAGUACAGAGGUUCCUGCGGUGAUGCUGAUGUGGGGAAACUGUACGUGAGGCUCCGCCAUCUUGGACCCUGAUUUAGACUUGUCGUGCUGGGGCAACAGUUAUGUCUUAGUGUCAGUCAUAAACAUUGCAAAAUUGCAAUAGUUAAUUUUAAAUCACAAUUAUUUAACUGUUUUUAAAACAAGGGUUAUGAACCAUUAAUCAUUUUAGAGGUGUUUAUGAGUAAACCUGUAUAUUUGAGGUUAUUUUUUUAUCUCGUAUCGUGUCCUACACAUUUCAUCUCUGUUGCACUGUUGCAAAUGGAUUCUAACCUCAAUGGAAGACUGAGUACCAUGCAUUUGCAUUAUUCCUGGGAAUUCCCUAAAGGAGUGCAACUGUUGUGUAAUGUAAAGAAUGUGCCUCAUGUUGUACUAGUUUUUAUACUGAUUAUGUCAACAGUACUUUAUGUUUGGUAUGAAAAGAAAAGUUGCCCGCCUAUAUAUACCGUCUUAUUAACAUUAACAAUGAGAUGAUCAGUUUUUUUAUUUAAGAUAUUAAAAUGACAUUUAGGCUUGGCUGUGAAAUAAUAUAUAAUAAUAAUAAGACCGUGAAGAGUUAUUCAUUUCAAAUAAAAAGUUAUCUUGUU